UGAAGUUUCACACACUGUUUCCCUGGGCACUUUAAAAAGUAAAUCCACUCAUUGAAUACAGGCAUUUUUCAAAGAUGUAGAAGUCUUUUAUUUAACUCUAAAAACUUGGCGUUGACCAAGGAAAGAGGCAAAGCUAAAAUAAAACCAAGCAUUAUAUUUGGGGGUCUCAGAACUGCAAUUUGGGGGACACAGAUUUGGGUAGCAGCCCAAACUGUGUCCUCUCAGAGAACAAAAGUCAAGAGGUUAUGAAGACAUAAGAGAUGGCUUGUAUUUGUUGUUUACAAAGAAUUUUGAUUGGUGUUGGAGGCAGAAAACGAAACUGAAUAUAAUUUGUUGCUAAGGCUAUCACUAAGCAAAGUUUCCUAGUGUAGCAAGUUGCAGGUGUUUGGGCUGAAUCCUUGGAAUAUUUGUGGUUUAGCCCCAUCCAAAAGUUGAUGGUUUCACUGAUGAGGACGCACAAAAGGCCCAUCUCCUUUCUGGCCUCCUGGCUCCAUUUAAAAACCCCUAGACAUAUGUGACCUCAUUUCAUCUCCCAUUUCAGUGUCAAAGGGUAAGACUACAAAUUUUUCGGCCUUCUUCUAACUGUGACGGUAAAAAAUGCUCUGUUAUUACUUGUAUCCUAAUGGCAGAGGCUUACGUGGCAGGAAAGGACCUGGCUUGUUUCUAGAGGCUUGAGACAGAAAUCUCUAACAAGAAGUCUAUAAAAUUCCCUUUCGAAAAUGCCGGCAGGCAACACGGAGAUGUGUAUCAGUAAAGAAACAACGGCCUGAAACCUGCAACACUGUGUGGUAUCACCAAGGAAAACAAUAAUUUAAGCAUCAGAGUAAUUUGCUGUUUGCAUUUCAGUUUACUGCUGGCAAUGUGCCCUACUGUUGGGUUUGCUCUAGCCUCAAAAAGUUUACUGUUCCACUGUGAUUGUUCCAAGUCGCUCCCAAUUAUUGGCGGUUUCCUUUCCUAGGCUUCAUCAUCAUCGUCAUCGUCAUCAUCAUCAUCGUCAUCGUCAUCAUCGUCAUCGUCAUCAUCGUCAUCGUCAUCCUCCGAUGAAAUCAGCUACAAAUGUUUUUAAUUAUUGGAAGCAUCAGUAUUACUACCGUUUAUGGAGGAACUGCUAUGAAGCCUGUUCUCUGCUAAAAUGUUUGCUAACAUUUUAUAUUUACAACUCUUUAAGCCCCUCAUCCUUUUAGGUAUUGUUCCUCUUCCAUCGCCCCCAAGAUGCUGUGUGAUAUCUUUGCAUAGAAAAAAGUCAGCUCUCUCAGGGUUGUACCACACAGAUGUGGUUCUCUGGUUUCUUUGUGGUAUCUGAAUGUUUCUUCCUGACGUCCAUGGCACAUGACUGGUAUUUGGCCAUCGGAAUCCUCAGUGGCCUGAUCAUGAUGGUCUCCCAUGUUUGCAUCCUGGUGGCCAUCUGGAAGAUCCAGACUGCUCAUAGGAGGCAGAACGCUUUGCCCACCUGCUCCUCUCACCUGGUAGUUGUCUCCAUCCUGUAUGGGACUCUUUUCUUUAUCUCUGUUCGACCUGGCUCAAGUCCCUCCCUGGAUAUCAAUAAAGUGAUUUCUCUGUUGUAUACUGUGGUGAUGCCCAUGUUGAACCCCCUCGUCUACAGCUUGGGGAAUAAGGAGGAUGAUUAAAGGUGGUCUCCACGAUGAGCAGAAGUCUGAAGAAAAUUGCACAGAUACCUGGAGCACAGAUACAACAGGAGCCGAAGGAAAAGAGAGGAAGAUUCUGAGGUAGAAUCCUGUUCUGCCUGUUCCAAGAAUAGCAAGUGGACUGCAUGAGGUGAUGGCAGGUAAGAGAAUCUAGAUCUUUCUAUUCAUCCCCUCCAUUGAGCUCUUAGGAGGACUGAAUGGGUUAAUACUCUCAAAGCACUUUGAAGAAUGCCUUGCAUAUAGUAAACUUCUCCUGUGACAAGACUGACGUUCUGUGGCAACUUUUCUUGUGUGUGUGUGAAUAAAUAGAUGUCACCUGUUUUCUGAAAUUCCUUGAAGGAUUCCUUACUGCUUACAGAUAUAAAUUCAA